AUUACGGUAAAGUCCAGACGCAUAUGAAAGCAGUAGCGCAGCAGUGGGUGGAUGUCGGUUGGUUACCUCUGAAUAAUGUCUCAGCCGCCUCCAAAACCCUGGGAGAGACGAAUUCCCGGGGCGAUGCCAUCCCCAGUAAACUACCGGAGUAGUGACUUUAUUGGUGCAGGAGUGAAUGGACCUCCAGCAUCAGGUCCGCCAGUUUUAACACGUAUGGCUCCACCAGUCCCACCUCGGCCUGUCCAGCAGACCUACCGUCCGGCCUACAACUCCUUCCCCUCUUCUUAUAGUCCGUAUGGCUAUGGCGGAGGCUACAGCCCCUACAGUUAUGGAGGGUAUGGCCUCGGGGGCGGUUUGGGCUACAGCCGUUUCCGUAUGGAGGACGUUCCACCCAGUCGCUUCGUCCAGCAGGCGGAGGAAAGCAGCCGAGGUGCUUUCCAGUCCAUCGAAAGCAUCGUGCACACCUUCUCUUCAGUCAGCAUGAUGCUGGAUGCUACCUUCUCGGCUGUCUACAACAGCUUCCGCGCCGUGCUGGACGUGGCCAACCACUUCUCCCGCCUGCGUGUCCACUUCACCAAAGUGCUCUCGGCCUUCGCCCUGGUGCGCACACUGCGCUACCUCUAUCGUCGCAUGCAGAGGAUUCUGGGAUUGCGGCCUGACCUGGAGGCAGAGGACCUGUGGGCGGACAACCUCGUGCUGGCUGCUGGGACCAGAGGACCAGGGCUGGACGAUUCCAAAGCAAACACUGUGAAGUCAUGGCCCAUUUUCCUGUUCUUAGCUGUGGUUUUCGGAGGCCCGUACCUGAUCUGGAAGCUGCUACGCUCUGAGGAGGGCACAGAGGAUAGCGGCACUAACUGGGCAAACGGUGAAGAUGACCAUGUGGUGGCUCGAGCAGAGUAUGAUUUCACUGCUGCUUCUGAGGAGGAGAUCUCCAUCCAGACUGGAGAUAUGCUCAAUUUGGCUCCUAAGGAGCAACAGCCGAGGGUGCGAGGCUGGCUAAUGGCCAGUGUAGACGGACAGACCACGGGACUCGUCCCGGCCAACUACGUCAAAAUCUUGGGCAAGCGGAGGGGCAGAAGGCAGGCGGAGCUGGAGAGGUUGGCACAUGUCGAGGAGGGUCAGCAGGCUCUACAGCCAGAUCGAGGUCCAGUUACAGCCUCAGCAGGACAUGCAGACCCAGAGGAGCUGCUAGAGUCUGUGUACACAGAAACACCAGCAUCACACACACAUUUACCAGGCAGAGCUAACACAGAGUGCACCGGGGACUGUGGAGAAGAUUGAUUUGUGAAUGUUUAAGUGUGUGUGGAAAGGGUGAGUCUGUAUUUCUGUGUGAAUGAGUGUGUGAGGUAUAGGCAUCAUAUUUGAUCUGUGAGUGUGUGAAAUUGCUUUCCAUUUUAAGAUUCCAGAAAUUUAAUAACAGAAAAAUGUCAUCAGAUUGAGAAUGCAGGGAGAAACAGCCAUACUUGAAAGUUAUAAUCAGGAUGGUUUGAGAUGGACAAUGCACAAUAUGGAGAGAAUACUAAUUGCCGUUAGUAUUACAAUAAUUACAAUAAAAAAUAUAAAAUGACAAAUACUGUUUUUAAUUUUUUGUACUGAGUGCAGUAAUAUUUAUUUAAAAUUGCCUGCACGUCAUCCAAUUAAACAAGAACAAAUGAAAAGGUUAUUUAGUGUUCUUAUAGCACUAAUGAAAUCCACUAUAUGCUCAGAAAAGGAAAAUAAACUUUUUUGUUUGAUACAAUAAAAUAGAAGAAUGCAACCAGUGUUUUAAAAUUGAUUAUGAAUACACUGCCUGAUUUGCGUUCUCACUGUAUGUAGGAGUUUGAUAUAAUUUCUGCUAGAAUUUCCCCUCGGGGAUCAAUAAAGUAUCUGUCUGUC